AUGCAGAGAAUCAUGGCUUCCGUUCAGAACACAGCCAAGAAGUUCACCCUCAACACGGGUGCCCAGAUCCCCGCCGUUGGAUUGGGAACAUGGCAGAGCAAGCCGAAGGAGGUGCAGCAUGCCGUCGAGGCUGCCCUCGCCCGUGGUUAUCGCCACAUUGACACUGCUUUCGCGUACGGCAACGAGAAGGAGGUCGGCGACGGCAUCAAGGCAUCUGGCGUGCCCCGGGAGGAGAUCUGGCUGACCACCAAGCUGGACAACCCCUGGCACAAGCGAGUCACCGAGGGUUUCGAGGCGAGCUUGAAGAACCUCCAGACCGACUACCUCGACCUCUACCUCAUGCACUGGCCGUCGAGCAGCGACCCCGCUGAUCUGAAGAAGCACUACCCGGACUGGGACUUUGUCGACACAUGGCGCGAGAUGCAGAAGCUGCUGGACACGGGCAAGGUGCGCAACAUCGGCGUCAGCAACUUUGGCAUCAAGAACAUGGAGAAGCUGCUCAGCGCCGAGAGCACCAAGGUCGUCCCUGCUGUCAACCAGAUCGAGCUGCACCCCGCCAACCCAUCGCCCAAGCUCCUUGACUAUCUUGCCGAGAAGGGCAUCCACGCAUCCGCGUACUCGCCGCUCGGCAGCACCGAUUCCCCCCUAUACACCAACGACACAAUUCUGUCAAUUGCCAAGGCUAAGGGCAAGACGCCGCAACAAGUCCUGCUCGUCUGGGGACUGCAGCGAGGCGUCAGCGUGCUGCCCAAGUCUGUUACCAAGGAGCGCAUCGAUGCGAACUUUGAGCUCGACGGCUGGAGCCUGACGGACGAGGAGAUGACCCAGCUGAGCAGCAUCAAGGACCGGUUCAAGGUCUGCGGUGAUGCUUGGCUGCCAGUCAAGGUGUUCUUCGGCGAUGACGAGUAA